GAAGUGGAUGGACUUGUAUUGCCCGAAUUAGACGGUGAAUAGUCAUCGUAGGAGUUAAACAUAAAAAAACGUUCCCCGCGACACAUGGCGUCAAGUGAUACAGAGCGAGAUGGUGGCUCACCAGAAAAACACUCACCUGUUACAGACAAGCAUUUGGAACAUAGCGAUCUAGCAAAAUCUCCACGGGGCUUAAAACAUUACUCAAAAUCCCGCUCACGUUCAAGGGAACAUAAACGAAAGACUGAUGAGUGUAGAAAACACAGAAGUCGCAGCAGAAGCAAAGAGCGUGCUAAAGCACGAAGAGACUGAACUGAAGACGCUGCAGACUCAGAUAGCAAAAUAAUAAGUCUACUUCAUGAUAAGAACCAACUUCUUCUUAAAACAGGCAAGAAGACAUGAAGUUAAAGAGAAGUCAUCGAAAAAACAUCGACCUGAUGACAGCAUUGACAGAGAUCAUUCCGACAAGGUGAGAGAGAGACUAAAUUCAUCAGAAAAUGGAGAAGAAAGACACAGACGAAAAGAAAAAAGAUCAUCUAGAGGCAGAAGUUAUUCCAAGUCUCGCUCACGUGAAAGACGGCAUCGUAGUAGAAGCCAUGACAGAAGAAAGUCCCGUUCCAGAAGUAAGGAGAGGAAAAGGCGCCCUCGUUCACGCUCUAGGUCAAGAUCUAAACAUAGACAUAGAAGCAAGAGUAGAAGCAGAAGUCGAGAGAAGAAAAAAAGAAUAGAAAAACCUCGAAGGCACAGUAGAAGUCGAAGCCGGACACCUCCAAGCCCUCCAGCUUUUCGAGGGAGAAACACAGCUAUGGAUGCACAAGAAGCCCUAGCUAGAAGGUUGGAAAGAGCAAAGAAAUUGCAGGAGCAACGCGAAAAAGAAAUGGCUGAUAAACAAAAACAACAAGAGACUGUGGCAGUGGCUGCAGCAGGUGGAGGAUCAGUUAUCAAUGUAGCAGCUCUGUUGGCCUCAGGGACUCAAGUAACUCCUCAGAUUGCGAUGGCAGCACAGAUGGCUGCACUACAAGCUAAGGCAUUGGCAGAGACUGGCAUUUCUGUCCCCAGCUAUUAUAACCCUGCGGCAGUGAAUCCAAUGAGAUUUGCAGAACAAGAGAAGAAACGUAAAAUGCUUUGGCAAGGGAAAAAGGAAGGGGAUAAAUCUCAGUCUGCAGAAAUAUGGGAAAAACUAAAUUUUGGUAACAAGGACCAAAAUGUAAAAUUUAGGAAGCUAAUGGGCAUAAAGAAUGAGGAAGAAGCUGCCACUAGUUCAGUUGAUGUUGAAAGUUUCAAGACACUCAAGCAGCAAGAGGAGGUGUUCCGAAACUUGGAUGCGCAGUAUGAAAUGGCAAGAUCACAAACUCAUACUCAGAGAGGAAUGGGCUUGGGUUUUACUUCAUCAAUGCGAGGAAUGGAUACCGUUUGAAGAAAAAAAAUGGAAUUUUAAAGUCUUUACUUCUUUGGACUUGUCAAUAUUUCAUGUUCUUGUAACCAAAAAGCUAGAGUUCUAGCUUGCAUGGAUAUUGCAUUGACUAAUAACUUAUUAACAGAAUUGUUUUUGUAAAUAGAACUGUGAUACGGUGUUAGUAAUGUUUCCAACUAUUUUCAUUAAAUGAGAAUAGGAAGCUAUUUUAGUUUCUAAGUUUCUACUUGAUAGACUUGUUCGGCACAUGCUGUUGAUAUGAAGACAUAUUCAUGUUGGUGUAAUACAAAAAUGGGUGCAUUGUUUCUGAACAUAACAAUGUUAUGAAAUGUUCCAUAAGAUAUUGCUCUAGAUCAUGCUCGAAAGAUAAUAAAGUUGUUCUGUUUAUUAAUGGGUUUUUACAUAAGACAUUGAACUUUAUUUAAAUAUUUUUUGUACAUCAUUGUUACGUAGCAUACCUAAAUACAGUUUGUUUAUAUUGAGGAAGUUUUAAAAUUCUUCAGCUUUUUUUUUUUUUUCCUCCAGAAGUGAAGCCAAGAUAAGGCCCUUUAUAUUUUCAUAGCAUGCUGAUUCAUUUUUCUUCAGUUCAAGCUUAACCUAAAUUGGUUAGCAGUUUACCAUUAUUGCUAAGUGUGACUUGUUUUUGUCCAUGCAUUUUGUUGCUUAGAGUCUUUUAUCCAAUGGACAGAUGGACAGAAAAUGUAGAAUAAAAGUUGCAUUAAUGCUUCUAA